AUGCCACCGCCCAGCCCCGCCGGAUGCCCUCCUCCUGCCUAUAUAAACCCCCGCCCGCACCACUCCUCUCCCUCACACCUCACUCCACACCCUCCUCCACCUCCACAGUCGCUCCCUGAGAGCGCCCAGGGCGCUGCUCUGGGCUGCCGCUCGCCUCAGCCGCCACCAUCCGGGAACGCCGCGGGAAGCAAGAAGGCUCGCCGGACGCCGCCGCACCAAGCCCUGCUGCCGGACGCCGUGACGGGGGAGGUGCUGCCGGACGCCAGGAAGAAGGAGAAGGCGCCGCCCGCCCGUUCUGCGACGACACCGACCACCCUCGACCUCGCCGCCAUGUCUCAGACGUCGCCGCCUCCACCCGCAUGGGCCGCGCCCACUAGUCCGGCCUGCUGCUGGCCUGCGCCCGCCUGGGCUGCCCCGCGCCUUGGGCCGCCGCAGCCCACUCCGCGCCUGGCCACCUCCCGCUCGCCCAGGCCGUCGCUCGCUAGGCUGCUGCUGCUGCUCGCUCGAGCGAGCGUGGCAGAGGCGCGUUGA